AUGAGGAAAAGAUUUAAGGAUCGCUGGAACAAGGAGUUCCCCGAUACACCAUGUGCCGAGUGCGCAACCUUGCUCCUCCCGAGGAACCGCAAACAGAGAGCAUUCCAGGACAACCAUGAAUACGGCAUCACCAGAGUUUUUGGUGUUCCUGUGACUGAUGAAUCUGGUGGUGUGACUCUCUGCGAGGACUGUUGCAAAGAGCCUCAAGCCCCUAUAGAUUGCGGCCAGGUCCCUCAAUGCAUUGCUUCUCUUCCACGGCGAUCGACUCUGUUCAUAUCUCCCUUCAAGUUGGACACGAAUCUGGGGAGGACUUCGGGUUACAACUUACACACAACCCCUUAUGUGUACCGAACUUUAUCGGGUGUUAUUAACACGAAUCCGAUUAAUGAGCGAGCGAACAUGCUCUAUUCCGGCACACUUGGAGCUUAUCUGCAGAGCAGUCCACAUCGAGUAGACCAACACCAGAAUCUCGAGCAUCUAAUUCACGUUCGUAAUUGGCUACUGCAAAGAAACCCCGUCUUCCAAAGGAAUGAUGUGCAGGCGCAUCUACAAAUCGACCAUCCGUUACCAAUUGCUGAUCUCCCUGAGAACAGCGAUGAGCGUCGACCUCAAACUCGCCCGGAUCUUGUCAUGAACCCAUUUCAGUAUGACCAAGAAACGAGGAAUGAGGAUUUCCGGUAUGAUAGGCUCUCCGUGGGGGCUGUCCAGGUCCCACAGGGACAUCCUCCAAAACCGAUGCUAUUUCGAACAGAUCCGGAUGUCGAGGUGCUCUGCUUCCCGCACCUUUAUCCUUACGGGAGAGGACAAUUCAUACAAGGAGACCGCCGCGAAGAUGGGCGCUCUAUAUAUACUCGUCACAUGGACACGAAAAGGAAGCUCAAUUCUUACAACCGCAAUUUCAGAGAUGACUAUUACUGGGCCGCGUGGGCAUAUCAAGAAAUGGAAGCUACGAGGAUCUUCCAGAACACCAAUCGUCUUAUUCAAAAUAAGACGAGGCAAGCCAUAGAUAACCGUCUUCCCCAGCAUCAACUACUACAGCAGUCAAAUUAUGGGACACAUUCUAUUCUCAGUGAAACUCUCACACAUACUAUACCCGGCUCAAUCCGAACCGGCGAAGCUUAUUUUCUUGAAAAGGAACGCCUCGUAAAUUCGAUGAUUGGAGGCUACGGACUUCCUCAACUAUUUAUUACGUUGACUUUCAAUGAAGGUUGGGAAGAAUUUAAGGACAUUCUGCAUUCAAUCUCGCCCGCUGCUAUUCCAUCCAACCAUCCAUGGGAGGGAGUUCAAUACUAUUACGAGAGAAUCCAUAAUUUAAAAUCCAAGUUCUGGAGGGGAGGAUCCGGUCACGCCAAAUUUGGGGCCCUGAAAGAGCUAAUCGAAAGAUUUGAAUUCCAACUACGAGGCGCAAUACAUAGCCAUUGCCUAUUGUGGACGGGGAAGCCUAUCAAGGAAUUGCUUGCAGGCAACUUCGUCCGCGCAGAUAUUCCGGAUCCUGAAGAGGAGCCUGAAUUGCAUAGCCUUGUCAUGAAAUAUCAGAUUCACAAGUGCAAAGACUACAUUUGUGGCGGUCCUGGAAGGCACGGGAAGUGCUCCAAAGGCUUCCCAGCAGACGUAUCGGGCAGAACGUUUCAUCAGCCUGGAAACCCCAGGUAUACCUAUGCCCGUACCGAGGCUGACGUUUGGGUGGUUCCCUACAAUUCUCAAUUGCUAUUGAUUUGGGAAGGCCACUGCAACGUCCAAUUUGUGACGAACCAAGGUCUUGCAUCUUACAUCACGAAAUAUGUCACCAAAAACGAGCCACUCUCUCACAUUCAUACUGGCAACUCUACAGAAAUCCAAAAGCACUUGCUGGCUCGUAGGAUGGGGUCUAUGGAAAUCGUCGUGCUGUGCUUGGGUUUUGACAUUUUUCGCUGCACCAGUGGAACUCUCUACCUUCCAACCAAUAUUCCUGAGAUGAGGAAUUACUCUGUUCGCCCAGUUAAGCAUAUCCUCGAGCACCCGGAAGACGCUUAUUUCCCAGAUGCUAUGGAGAAAUACUUUGCUCGACCAAGAGUGCCUCGGUUCGAAGUCUUGACCUAUUUUGACUACUUUGCAUACUAUGAAAUUACGAAAACUCGCACCAUUAAUCGACAGGGUCCUCGAGAAGGGUGGCAAGACUCAUUAGGAUAUUGGGUAUAUCAAAGGAAGAAGCCUAUCCUGAUUCGCACUUCUUACCGACGACUUUGUGAUGGAGAGGUGUUUUUUUACGUGCAGCUCCUUUACAGAUAUCAUUGGAGAUCAGAUGACGAAAUCAUUGCUAACUCCACCACUUACCGUGAAAGGCUUUUCGAGCUGGACCCAGUAUUGUAUGACGCUGCUUUACGGGGACACGCCGAUAAAGCUGAACAUGGCAAUAUAGCCCUCUGGAGAGAGUAUUGCGAGAUGGUUCAAAGAGUUGCGGAGGCGGCUCCGCCAAAUGUCCAUGAUAUGGUGUCUGAGCAGCUCCGGCAACUGAAUACCAUGACGAUUCUAGGACUCGCUGAUGCUGCAGGCCUUACUCUGAAAGGCGAGCAAUACCAGUGCUAUAGUAUGGUAACGCAAAACAUUUCUGCAUCUAGGCAUCAGGGCCGUAUGUUCUUUAUAACAGGGCCUGGUGGGACGGAGAAAUCUUUUCUCCUGCGUGCUCUGCAGUAUUGGUGCGAUAGAUCCCGAAACCCUUCCUUACUGCUUGCGCCUACUGGGAUUGCGGCAAAAAAUAUUAAUGGGAAUACAAUCCACUCGGCUCUGUCAAUCUAUAGUAGCCGAGGCAGUUACCACACCGGCUUAUUUAGGUUCGAAGAUCAAAAAAAGAAAGACCUAGAAAAGAAAACCGUGCUUAUUAUUGAUGAAGUAUCGAUGGUAGAUGGCGUACUGCUUGACUACCUCGCCUCCCUUUUCGCCAAACUGAGGAGGAAUAACAGGCCCUUCUGCAACAUGCAUGUCAUCGUUUUUGGGGAUUUGAUGCAAUUGCCCCCUGUGGAAGGCUUGAAGGUCUUCAAGGCCUCGGUUUGGAGGCUCUUCCAUCCCAUCUUUCUACGACAACCGCAGCGGCAGACAAACGAGAGGUUCUUCAGGAUCUUGAACAAGAUUCGCUUCGGAAUUAUCGAUGGCGAAGUAAGAUGCACUCUGGAAGAACGCUGGCGCCAAUAUAAUCCAGAAAAUGUCAUAUGGAAUACCACGUACCUGUCUUCUCUUCGCGAUGAGGCUGCGGCACUAAACCAUGUCGUUCUCUCCGGCAUGCCAUCAGAGAACCUUAUCUUCGUUUCAAAAGCCGAAGACUUUGAAAAUGGAGUAAGGUUGCAAUAUUUAGAGCACUCGAAAGUAUUCAAUAAGGGGACAAACUUCGCAUCCUCUGUGGUAUGUACUGUUGGGGCCAAAGUCAUGUUUCUCACAAAUAGCAUGCUGAGCGAGAGAGGCAUAUCUAACGGCUCUAUGGGUGUUAUUACUAAUUUGUUUCCUAACGACGAAGUUGAAGCUGACUACCGACUCCUUACCGCCCUUGAAGCCUGGAUGCGCGAAGCAGCUAAUGCAGUUCAGGUCAUGCACUUGCACAAAACUCCGUCGUAUUUCCAGACGAAUGGGGUGGAAUAUAAACGUUUACAGCUUCCAAUAAUCAACGCAUUUGCGUUGACAAUUCAUAAGGUUCAAGGUUUAUCGCUGCCAGCUGUUACCGUCGCCUUGAACUCUAAUAUCUUCUCUGACGGACAAGCAUAUGUGGCGUUGAGCAGAGCAAAGGAUCUCGAACAAGUGUACUUGACCCACUGUGAUCUUGGAGCCAUCAAGGCAGACUCAGAAGCAAUAGCUGAAUACGAAAGACUGGAAGCUAAGGCAAAACAACUCAAUAGACCACAUUCUCGCUGA